GCAUGUGAAGAUAUUAAUGAAUGUAAAAGUAAUCCAUGCCCACUGAAUGCCGCUUGUGAAAAUAAUCCAGGUUCUUACAUGUGCAAUUGUAUAAAUGGCACGGUAUUAGACGUUAAUAAUGGUAAUUGUAAGAUACCUAGCGAAUGUGCUUCGGACGAUGAAUGUUCCGAAAAAACUAAAUGCCGAAAUGGACACUGUGUAAAUCCAUGUAACGAAUUACAAUGCGGUGAAAAUGCUAUAUGUGGAAUCGUUAAGCAUCAGCCAGUCUGUGAAUGUCCAUCGAAUAGUCAAGGCGAUCCUAAUAAAAAAUGCAUUAAAUUUGAGUGUACUAAAGAUACAGAUUGUCCAUUUGAAGAAGCUUGCGUUAAUUAUAAAUGUAAAGAUUCUUGUAGUAUUCCACGCGCUUGUGGUAGAAAUGCCGACUGUUAUUCAAAAAAUCAUAUAGGCCACUGCACUUGUUCAGCGGGAUACACAGGUGAUCCUGUUCUAGGUUGCGUUCCACUUCAAUAUUGUUUAGACGAUAAUAAAUGUUCUUCUGGGACAAGAUGUGUUGAUAAUUUAUGCGUUGGUGUAUGUAAAAAUUCAAGGGAUUGCUUGGAGAACCAAGUUUGUGUACAAAACACAUGUCGAGUAACGUGUUCAGAUAACAGUACCUGUCCUGAGUCUCAAUUCUGUUUAAAUAGGAUUUGCACGAAAGACGUUCAGUGUUUUUCUGAUGACAAUUGUAAUGAAGACGAGCAAUGCGUUAUUAAUACAGAUGGAAUUGCACAGUGUAUUAAAAUAUGUGAAAAUCAUCCAUGUGGGAGAAAUGCUAUAUGCUUAGGAAAGUCUCAUGAACCAACUUGUUCAUGUAAAGAGGGAUUUUCCGGUGAUCCUGUGAAAGGAUGCAAACGAAAAGAAUGUGACAUCGACUCUGAUUGCUCUGAAGAUAAACUAUGUGAUGAUAAUAUAUGUAAAAUUGCGUGUUUAGUACAAAAUAGUUGUGGUGAAAAUACCGUUUGUUCCUCUGAAAAGCAUACUCAUACAUGCUACUGUCAACCUGGAUAUACCGGAGAUCCACUAAAAGGUUGUGUCAAAAUAAAUUGGUGCGCAUCAAACCCUUGCGGGUAUGGAGCAGAAUGUAAAAAUACCAGAGACCGAGCCCUAUGUACUUGUCCUGUUGGAACAAUUGGAAAUCCAUAUAAAGAGAAAUGUAGCAAAGCUCCGGAGUGUCGCUUUAAUAGGGACUGUCCAACAAUUAGUCGAUGUACUGUAAUAGAUGGUACUCGGAAAUGUACAGAUGCAUGCGAAAGUGUUAAAUGUGGACCUAACGCCGAAUGUGUUGCUGCAAGACAUACAGGUCAAUGUAAAUGCAAAAAUGGCUACAUUGGCAAUGCUAACAGUGAAAAGGGUUGUCGUUUGCGCGAAAUCACAUGUAAGAGUAGAACAGAGUGUCACAGUGAUCAAUAUUGCCAUAAAGGAUUUUGCAAGGCCUUAUGCUUGCUUGAUGAAGAAUGUGGAUCAAGUGAAAAAUGUAUUAAUGGGCAAUGCUUAAAUCCCUGUGAAAUGGAAAAGGCGUGUGGUUUAAAUUCCGUUUGUCGGACUGAGAAUCAUAUUGUGCAAUGUAGUUGCCCCAAUAGUUUUACCGGGAAUCAAGACGUUGAAUGUGUUCGAAUCCCAAGAUUAUGCGGUGCUGCUGACGAAUGUGAUAAUGGAUAUAAGUGUCAUAAUUCUAUGUGUGUACCUCAAUGUCAAGCCGAUGAACAGUGUGCUGUAAAUGAAAAAUGUUCGAAAGGAAUUUGCUUAUUGACUUGUAGAGUAGAUAAUGACUGCUUUUUGGGACAUAUAUGCUUAGCAAAUAGUUGCCAAUAUGGAUGCAGACAUGACGAAGACUGUGGUCCGGAGGAAAUAUGCAAGAACAACUAUUGCCAAAAUCCUUGUUCAAACAACAACAAUCCUUGUGGUCCAAAUGCUGUAUGUUCUGUUAUUGAGAGGAAAUCUUCAUGUUCGUGUUUGGAUGGCCUAAUACCAAAUCCUACGCCUAAUAUUGGUUGCGUGCGAACGCUAACUACUACUUGUCGUGUGCAUAAAGAUUGUGGUGUGGGAUGGAGAUGCGAAGAUGAUCGUUGCCGACCUGCAUGUACUAUUGAUGGAUCAGAGUGCCUACAAGGUGAACGUUGUGAUUCAGGUGUUUGUCGCUAUGCUUGUACCUCAGAUGAGCACUGUUCUGAUGAUGAAAUUUGCGACGGUCGAUUAUGCGUAUUAGGAUGUAGGUCUAAUUCCCAAUGCCCUACAAAUCUAGCUUGCAUAUCAGGACAAUGCAUAAAUCCGUGUGCAGAGCCUGCGACUUGUGGUGCCAAUGCAAUAUGUAUUACCAAAGACCAUCAACCAGUCUGUACAUGCCCUCAAACAUUGUCGGGUGAUCCUAAAGCAGUUUGCAGGAGAUUAAGUUCGCCUUGCGAUUCAAAUAAAAACUGUCCUAAUGGAUUCACAUGUUACGGAGAUACUUGUUAUCCCUCAUGCAGAAGCGACGUGGUUUGCUUAUCGAAUGAAAAAUGUGUUCGAGGAAUUUGUAGGGUAGUGUGUAAUAGCGAUGAUGCUUGCAAUAAUGGUCAAAUAUGUGAAAAUAGAAUAUGUAAACAAGGUUGUCGCGAUGACAAUGCUUGUAAUGACGAUCAAGCCUGUUUGGAUGGACAGUGCAAGGAUCCUUGUAAGGACAGUAGAAGUUGCGGUAUCUGUGCUGAAUGUAAAGUAAUUAAUCAUCAUACCCAAUGUAGUUGCUCAAGUAAUUACACCGGCAAUUCUCUAGUCGAAUGUAAAAAGAAAAGAUUAUCAUGCGACGGAUUUUGCCCUUGUGAUGACAGCGGUUAUUGCACUUCCCUUUGUGAAAAUAAUUCAGAUUGCUCUUGUGGAGAGAAAUGUGUUAACGGUGGCUGUAGAUCGUUAUGCUCCCCUAGGAGUAAAUGCCCAGAAAGACAGAUAUGCUCACAAGGUGUAUGUGUCCCAGGCUGUAAUAAUGACAGAGAUUGUGGAGAUGAUAUGAUGUGCUCACUAAAACAGUGUGUAUCAGUGUGUAGAGAAAAUUCUUGUGGAAAAAAUGCUUUAUGUUUAGCUACGCGCCAUCGGGCAGUAUGUAGUUGUGCUAGUGGUUACUCAGGAGAUCCUUUGACCGAAUGUAAACAGUACGAAUGUCUUAAAAACGGCGACUGUGGAGAAGAUGAAGAAUGUAACAAAGAUGGUAGAUGCAAGAACGUUUGCUUGGGCAGAUGUGGUGUUAACGCUAUAUGCCGCUCUGUUAACAGAACUCCACAAUGUGCUUGCCCACCAAAUUAUGUAGGAAAUCCAAAAGUAGAGUGUUCUCAACAACCAACGGGAAGCUGUUUGCGUAACCCUUGCGGAAUUGACGCCCGAUGCCGUGAUUUAGAUGACGGCAGCUUUGAGUGCACAUGUCCACCCGGAUGCGCUGGCAAUCCACAGCGACAGUGUUUCUGUGGUACCAUGGCACCUUGUGCACUUAAAAAUUGUGGAAUAAAUGCCCAAUGCCGCGUAGGAUAUAACGGACAACCUCAUUGCUAUUGUCCCCGUAAUUAUCCUAAAGGAGAUCCAAACAUUGAAUGUAAUCAAGAACGUAGUGUAGUUGAUUGUAGAACAACUGGAUGUGGAAUAAAUGGAGAAUGUUUGAGAGAAGGAGCGGAAUUUGUUUGUCGCUGUAUUCCUGGUACAGAAGGACAAGCUGAUAUCGAAUGUCACACCAGUAUCGAAUGCACGAGUGACAAGGACUGUCCAGUAGACAAAGCGUGUUUGAGCUUACAUUGUGUCGACCCAUGUACAAUACGAGGCGUAUGCGGUGAAGAUGCGCUCUGCGUGUCUGUCAUGCAUCGAGCUCAGUGUUCAUGUCCACAAUGUUACGUGGGUCAGCCGCGCCUAGCUUGCCGCCUCGAUCCUACCUGCAAGCCUACAGUCGAACUAAAUACAACCAUCACCUGUUCAGACACCAAGCCAUGUCCACCCAAAUUGGCAUGUGACUUAAGCACUAACCAGUGUCGUAAUCCUUGCAUGGAAUAUCAGAACUGCAGGCCAAAUCAGAGAUGCGAAGUAAGAAACCAUAUACCUGUUUGUGUAUGCCGUAAUGGAUUUGCAUUGAAUGAAAAAGGGGAAUUAACGUGCGCCCCAGAACACGCAGAAUGCACAAGGGACGAUCAAUGUCCAUCAAAUGCUGUUUGUCGUAAUUCAAAAUGCGUGAAUCCUUGUUUAGCAUCACGUGAGCCUAUGUGUCCCCAAGGAAAGCAAUGUGAAGUAGUAGAGCACCGAGUAAUGUGCGUUUGCGUUGAGGAUUGCCACCCAAGCGUAUCGAUUUGCUUAAGAGACAAUGGAUGUCCGCAGAACUUGGCUUGCGUUGAUUUUCAAUGUAAAGAUCCAUGCAAAGGUGCAUGUGGUGAUGCUCCAUGUUCAGUUGAAGAUCAUCACCCCGUUUGCAAGUUUUGUCCUAGUGGAUUUACUCAUGAUGAAAAGCAUGGCUGCAUUAAAGCUUUAGAAUGCGGUGCACACGAGCAUUGUGCAGCAGGCCUCGCAUGUGUUAAUGGACGGUGCGCAGAUCCUUGCGCUAAUGGUGGUCCUUGCAUAGCUGGUCAACGCUGUUCUGUUGUCGACCACCAGCCUGUUUGUUCUAAGGUAUGCCAGUGUCAAACCGACGCUGACUGCGCUCGAUACCAAAAUAGGCAUUGCGAUGGAUGCGCAUGUGUUGCAGAUGCGCCUGGGACACAUUGCGCUCACUGUCGACCCGGAGUACCUUGUGACCCGUUUUCGGGAGCUUGUAUGGAAAAUGAUCGCCCUAAAAAUGUCCCACUAACAUACUCCGAAAUUACUACUAUUGAUUCCGAGUUGGCAGUAUCGACAGUUAAGCCCAUUCAAAACACUGUAGUAACUGACUUUGACUAUGAUGCCUUUACUAAUACGGAAAUGACAACCGCUGAAACGUAUACAUCAACAGACUUUACAACUACACAAAAUGUUAAACACACAACGAGUUUCCCCAGUGAAAGUAAAAAUACAGUAGAUAAUGUUCACAAAGAUAAUACAAAUGAAUCCUUUAAUAAUGCCUCAAGCACAUUAUUAGACUCUAGUGAUGAAGAUAAAACUAUCGUUACAUCAUCCCUUAGUACAACAUCUAUGACUUAUCAUUUUACGGAUACACAUUAUGAAACAAGAACAGCCAGUGAAAAUUCUAACCCUGAUAUGUUUGACAACAAAAUGGAACAAGAUGAUUUAAUCACAACUUCAAAAGACAAAAGUUAUACAAUGCAAGGUAUAACAAGAUCAGAUACAACUAUGGAUGAUCUUACUUUAAGUACAUCUACAGUUGAAGCAGUAACAAAAAGUACAAAUAAUUUAGUAGCAGAAGAUACAACACCAGGAAUUUCUUUUUAUACAGAAUUUAAUAAUCAAUAUCAGUCAACAUUAGAUUCCGAUGAACUCGUACAAAGUAGCAGUACAAUUAACUCCGAAAGUACUGUUAAGCCAUUUUCUUCUCGUACUGAAACAAAUGGUACGACAAAGUAUUCAAAUGAUAAUAAACUGUAUAAAACGCCAGAGAAUC